GCUCCACGCCAACGCAUGUGUCACGACCGGCAUACUUCAAAUCCGACGGACUGACGAUAGAGAUAAAGAUGUGGCGGCACUCGGCGACAAUGUAUAUCGCUGAAGUGCCUAAUGAACCAUCAACAUCCCAACGGUCCUUCCACCGAGGGUUCUAGAAGAAAGAGCACGUGGCAACGAUCGCGGACGCCUAGCAAAUGCAUGGACGGUGGGGAUGUUGAGGGAUGACAAAAGAAAGUAAUCGGAUCCGAUCGAAAGUAAAAUCAUAAGAGUCAGUCUUAGAAAGUCACGCCUAGAGUUCGGAAGUAAAUUGCAAAGUGUAUUGAUGUUAGAAAAAAAAUAAAGUUUUCUUUUUUUAUUUUUUACCUCAAAUUCCUUUUUUUAUUUUGUUAUUUUACGUGACAUUUUGGCGAUCCUGCCAGGAUAGUGAAAAGUGUUUGUUCGGAAACCAAAAGACAUUCAUCAUCUACGGAAGAUCGAAUUAUUUGGGACUACGGUCAUCCGCAACAACAAAGUAACUAUCACGAACCAAGUGAAGUAACAAUAAAAGGUAAACUGAAUUCCUUUGUACGUUACCGUGAAAGAAAAUUUAGCUUCAGUAGCCAAGACUCGUCUUCUUCUGAAAAUUAUAAAUCAGCGCAAUAAUGUCUAAGGCAAACGAAUCUCAAACUUCAACCUCAACUGACCCAAUGUUGCGAGCAAUAUGGGACAGUAUUCAAAAACAGAACGACAACAUUGCCCUUUUACGAGAGGAAAUGUUACGUUUGUCUAUGCAAAAUGACGAAGAGAACAGACACAGGGCAGCAGAAAUCGAGAAUCUCGGAAAAACCGUCGCAGCGCUACGGACUGGGUUCGGAUCCCCUGCGACCGAUGAAUUUGCUUCCAUUAUCACCGAAGACAAUGAAAGUGCGUCGACAGCAAUCAAUCGCACCGUGAAUAUGGCAAAAGCACGCAAACUCCCAGGGUUAGCAGCUCCAGACACCCCACCUGUCCACCUCGACAUCGAACAACCCGAGGUGGAAGAAAGAGGCUAUUUUCCGCCCGCUCCUCCCACUCUACGAGCUAAGGAUGCAAUACGCUACAUCCCAACGCUCAACGGAGAUGAUGAUGUAGGAGUUGAAGACUUCAUCAAAGAAGUGAGAAGUAUGAAGGAUCGCUGUAUGGAGCAAGAUCUAUUGCUAAAAGCAAUAAAAGUGGAAAAAAUCGUGGGGAAAGCAGCCCAAAGUAUUCGCAACAUUCCUAUUGAGUGUUACAGUGAUCUGUACGACGCACUGAGAAAUAACUUAGCAGAACAAGUGACUUCGGAUGAGUACCAAGAACAAUUACGAGAGUUGAGACAGGGACGCGAGGAAUCAGUGCAAAGUUUUAAUAUUCGGUUUAGAAGAAUACUCAACCGUUUGCUGUACGCAGUAACCAAUGAGUACCCACAACCACUAACACGUAAAAUUAUGACUGAAGAAAUCACGAAGAAGACUGUUCGUGUGUACCUAAAGGGACUCAGACGCGACAUAGGGCGAAUACUAUUAAGCAGUGAACCCUUGAAUCUUCCGGAAGCUGAAAAAAAGGCAGCCGAUGUAGAACGCUACUUGCGAGAAGAACGACAACCUAAUUGGUCAUGUAAUCGCUUACCUUCGGUUAGUAAUCGCCCCGACAACCAGCAUAUGCAGGUAAGACGAUCUAAUGUACCAUCAAGAUCGCCUAACACGCCAGUAGCUCAGAAACCUGCUACAUUUAACCAAGUAGAAAAUAGAUCACCUGCUGAACGCGCACAGAUGAAGUGCUUCAAGUGCGGAAAGCUGGGACACAUUGCCAACAAGUGUCAAAAUUUUCUACCACCGAGCCAGCGCGAUCGACCACCCGCAAGAAUUCAGGCAGUCCAGGAAUGGGACGAAAUACAAGAAACAACAUCGAACCAGGAGAUGGACGAACCGUACGAGACAUACGAGUCAACAUCGCCACGGGAAGAUUACUCGCAAUACCUUUGUCAACCCGAACCGAAGAGCGAGUAUUUCUGGUCGACACAGGAGCAGGGAUAAACCUGGUGAAACGUAACAAAACUGUCAACGCGAUACAAAUAGGGCCUAAACAAAAAUUUUCUAUGGGACGAGACAAAUACGAAACUAACGAAUACGUAACGAAACGAAUUUUUGGACAAAAUCACAUUUUUCACAUAGUACCGAACAAUUUCCCUAUUAUCGAAGACGGAAUCAUUGGGCUACCAUGUUUAGAGAAGUACAACUAUUCAAUAUCCAAUGACAAAAUCCGAUUAAACGACAAAACCAUUUUAUUUCAGAAACCAAUACAUUUGACUCCUGGAGAAAACAGAGUUCAAACAAUCUAUUUGGAAGGCAAACCAACUAAAGUAUGUUUUAUCAACACUGGUGAGCAAAACGUUGAAAUUUCUAGCAAUAUUCAAAAUUCUCAUGACUUUUCCAACGUAUCAAAACUAAAAAGCCUAAUGAGAA